AUAUGACUUAACUUCCCGUGCUGUCUGGACAGAAAGCAGCUUUUUACCACUUUGUUUCUGAACUUUGAUGAAACAACAGAGAGAAAGAAAAGGUGGCUCAUUUUGUUUCAAAAGAAAGGAAAUGUAAAUUUUUUUCAAGGAUGUAUUCAACCAAACUUGUGUUGUGUUGGAUUGUAAUUUUUUGCUGUUGGCAGGAAACUCAAGCCAAACUUGCAGUCUCUAUGCUGAAUAGAGCCAGAGUAGCACUAGCAGGAGACACUCUUGACUUCAACCUGUCAGUCGUCAUCCCAGCAAACGCCACCACUAGCAACAUUGAAUGCUACCACACUCAACCCACCAACAAGAUGAGAGUUUGGCAUAAGGAACUUAAAAGUGAAUUUAGUGAAACUAAAAAAAAGGUGGCAGCACAUAUCAAAAUGUCCAAUAGCUCAAGUUCUGGCCAUUACUACUUUAGUUAUGCAAAUCAAGAAGUGCAUUGGGUGGUUCAUGUGAGAGAUAAAGGUUAUCAGGAGCCACCUAUGGAGUUAAAAAGUGCCAUCAUCACCAUGAUGGCAUUCUCAGGAAUUCUUCUCAUCUUCAGUGUUGCUGGGUCACUUUACAUAUUAAAGAGCUACAAGGAGCAGGCUUCUUGUAGAGACGACAAAAAUGAAGUUGCGAAGCAGAGACCAGGGGAAAGUGAUGAAGUGAUAUUAGAUGAGGACGCUGCAUCUGCAUCAUUCUACACAGCACUACAAUACAGAUCAAGCUCAAUUUAUGAUACACUGCAAUUAGACACGAUGCACGAAGAAAACACAAAGAAGAAAAAAUCAGAUAAAAAGCACUGCAAAGAACAAGAAGAUGAAGUAUUUGAUUCUGUCUAUGAAAACCUGUGAAUGAAUGAACUUGCUGGAAUGUGAUUAUUGUCAAAUAAAGCUUUUUGUAUAAUUUAAUAGUUUAUGGGCCAGUAUAACAUAAAAUAAAUGAAAUAUUAAAACAA